UAACUAGACAGCUUUUGUCAACACAAAAAAAUAUUAACUAUUUUGUAACUUCAAAGUCAUUAUGUUAAUUCAACUUAUUGUUAUACGAUUAAAUCAAUAACAAACUAUUUAUUGAGAAUCAGGCAUGGAAGCUGGUUCUACCUUUAUACCAAUUGGGCAACAUGGAACUAAAACAUAAGAUCACCUUAACCGUUUAACCGAUGCUAAAAAAACAACUGGUAUUAAUCAUCAUUUUACCUUGUUUGGAUUGCUUAGUAAUUAGCAAUUAUGCUAGUGAUAUUGAAAAAACAACUUGAUCCAUCUUUCCUAAAAGCUAUUCCUGGACGGCACUUCAGUUCUGUGACAUUGUUUAUCAUGUGAUUAGUGAACUUGUCAGCACUUUCACAUACAAGGGAAUUUGUUUUUAAAAUAAUAAUUCUUCAGACUACAGUUUCUGCAGUUUUAUUUGGAUUUUAAAACUUGGCUUUGUUAUUCUCAUAAAUCCUAAAAAUCCUGCCCAAAAUGGCAGCGCUGGAGUGCAAUAAUGGGCAGGAUGGGUUUUCACCAACAGAAAAUGGGGAUGCUUUACCGGAGGAGAAAUCUCUUAGUAUUGACUACUCUGAAGAUUUGUGGCUGGCGAACAGUGAAGACUCCUCAGGGCCGUAUGCCCAGCAGCCCAACAAAGUGGUCACACAAGGCAGUGCUCAGCCUGGCCAGGACAGCUACCCCAACACUACCUCAGCACAUCAGCCCCAGGGUGAAGCCCAUCCUAAUAUCAACAAUUCUAAUUACCCCGAGGCUCACGCCAUCAAUCCCCACUCCCAGACGUGGAAUGAGGACAUGAUUAAAGCUGAUGAGAGCGUGGAAGAGACGACUCUACAGCCUGCAACUACAUAUAUAAACGGGUCCACGGAGCACAAUGGCAUGGACUUCAGCAGUAGUGGGGAUGAAAAGGACUUCGCACAAUUGGUGCCGGCCGGUAGUUAUGUGGACGGUGGGACGGCUGGGGGUUACGCUGAUGGCGGGGCGGCUGUGGAGAACCAGGAUAAAACAUUUACCUCUUUGAUGCCGGCCGCAGCCAUGGGGGUUAACGGUGAAAUCCAGCAGGGUUUCACAACCAUGCUGAACUCAAACCAGGAGGGGAUUGUUUAUUACGGAACAGCUGAGCACAUAGCCUCGGAAGAGCCAAGCUCGUUGGCCAAUCAGGGAACCAAUUCUGUUACGUACGAGCAAUCAGCCCAAAUGUCUUCAGCAAAUGGAGAGGAGGGAGGGGAUGUGGAGGAUGCGGGAGGGAACAUGUACGUCUCAAUGAACAAUCUCAACACAGAGAACCAGGCAGGCUCUAGUAAUUUUGCAGUUCUCUCCCCUGCCAUGAUGAACAUGACAAACGUGAGCAGUGAGGAUCAGACGUACACCACCUGUGUCAGUGGUGCUGCCUACCACAACAUCUCAACACUCCCGUUUGUUCAGAAUGGUGCCUACUCCUCGCAGUCUUCGUUCUCCCCUUACCACCAGACGACCAGCACCCUGGUGAGCGGUGAGGACACCCAGCAGCAGCAUGUCCUGCAGCAGUCUGACUACAGCUCUGACCAGGCCAGCUUCGGCUCUGAGACCAAUGUCCUGACAGCGUCCCUUCAGCAAAGUGCCAUAGACUACCAGGACGACGGCCAGGACGAGGACGGGGAUGACCAGGAUAUGGAGGAGGAGUCUAUGGAAUACUCCGAGUUCUGCUGCCCAGUGUGCAGCGAGGGUUUCCCAGACCAGGCCACGCUGGAUGACCACGUCAACAACCACCCCCCACUGAAGAGCUUUGUCUGUGAGACGUGUGGCAAAGGGUUCGCCACCAGGAGGUACCUCAAGUACCACCGCAAGAACCACUGUAAAAGGGCAGGCUCAUAUGAAGGAAGAAAUGAUCUGGAUGAGAAUGAUCCGAACGGAGAGGUGAAGAGGUUCUCCUGUAACGUUUGUAGUCGACCAUUUAGAGUUUUAAAAUGUAUGAAAGUUCAUAAAAAGAAAAAGCACGGUAUCAUGAAGGAGUUUACUUGCCAGAACUGUGCUGUGACCUUUGGCACCUCACAAGAGCUCAUUGAUCAUUCGUGUGAACCCAAAAGUGCUCCCAGCACUCCUCAAAUUAUUCAGUACACGCCCCCUCCGCUUGCACUCCCGGCUGUGAAAAAGAAACGGAAGCUAAAGCAAGCCAAACCAGCAUGCGAUAUCUGCGGGAAGACUUUUUCUGAUCGUAUCAGUGUAGAUAUUCACCGGGUGAAACACAUAGAGGAGGAGUUGUACCCGUGUGACAUGUGUGGGGAGGAGGACGGGGUGGACCCCAACCACCUGGCUGUCCACUUCCGCAUCCGGUUCUUCACAGAUGACAACCAGCACAUCCUGGAAGAUCAAAAGGCUGCAGUGGCAUCCCAGGACACAACCAGAUCUGAUGACGGCAGUAGCGUCUCCGCCACUCCGGUUCACAACCCAGGCACCCCUCUGCCUGGGUCCUCAACCCCACAGUCUGCCCCAGCCACACCCAUUUAUAUUCCCGCCACCCCCAUCCAUGCUCCAGGCACCCCCGCUAGCUCACAAGACAUUCUGGAACACGCAUCUGGCCAGGUGGACCAGUCCGGCUACAUCCACAAGUUCACAGAGUACACGGACGCACACGGUCAAACUGUUCAUGUUUCCAACUACAUAGUCAACCAGAACGACACCCUGCUUGUGUCAGAUCACACCAUGCUCACAGAUCAACACUUAGAACAACAGCAGCUUGGGGCCUCGCAGCAUAUUUACAAUGCAAACUUUGAAGAGGGAGAAGUCAUUCACGACGCCAGUGGCUCUGUCAUGGCUGUCACCCCGAAGAAGAAAAAAUGGAAGCGGUCCAAAAUUCACAUGUGUGACAUUUGUAACAAAGCGUUUGGCGACACUGCCAAGCUGGAGCUCCACUACAAGAGCAACCACCUCCACGACCGGCCGUACCAGUGCGACGUCUGUGAGAAGUCCUUCUUCACCAAGUGGAAGCUUCAGCGCCACAUGCUCAGCCACCUGGAGCAGAAGCCCCACUCGUGCCCCAUGUGCUCCAAGUCUUUUGUUGAGCGGGGCAAGCUGGAGGCCCACUACCGCACCCACCUGGGCACUAAGCCCUACAAGUGUGACCAGUGCCCUAAAGCAUUUACUGUCAAAUCUCAGCUGUCCAUUCACCAGCGCCGCAUCCACAGCACUGACCAACCUUUUGGUUGUUUGGUGUGUGGGAAGGCUUUUCUCUGGAAAAGUGGGCUUGAUAAACAUAUGAGAAAGCACACGCGGGAGAAGCCUUUUAUAUGUGACACGUGUGGCAUGAAGUACUCCAACAAAGCGAACCUUAUAGUCCACAUGUCCAAGGCCCACAACCAGGCGUAUGUAGACAGCAAAGGACAGUAGGUGGAGCCACUUGUUUUCUGGUGUAUCAAAUGGGCAGCACAAGCCUGGGAGAGAGUCCGCAGCUGUCACAGUGCCUGCCUGCUGUGACAUGUGAUAUUGGCUUUAUUUAUUUCAGUCUGACGCAACUCACGGAGCUGAUCACCACAGAGUUGUAGCUGAUGUUGCUGUAGCUUGAUAAAAAGGUGCAGGACUGGAAGCUGUUCGUGUGCAACAGUACAUUGAUAUACCUGCAGGUUUUAUCAUUAAGGAAAGACAUUUUAAAAUCAUUGUAUUUUGCAUAACUAAAUAUAGCAUUAAUUUAGCUGUUAAUUGAAAACCUUACCAUUUAUUUUCCACACAAAAGAUGUUCCCUUUUUUCUUCAAGAUUCUAUAAUGGAAAUCAGCUUUGUUGAAACAACAGUGCUGAAGUAAAAAUGGAAUCAAAAUAAAUUACUGACCAUGUACAUUGCUGUGGGGUGAAGAGCGCACAGCUUGUUCUAAAUCCUCUUUGCCUCUGGUAGAAUUCUUAUUGAUUCUUUCAGAAUUUUUUUUUUCAUUGCUAGUGUCGGUUUCCUGCCUGAGUGUGGGUCAGUCCCCUGCCUGUGUGGGUCACACCUGCCUGUGUGUGGGUCAGUCCCCUGCCUGUGUGUGGGUCAGUCUCCUGCCUGUGUGUGGGUCAGUCUCCUGCCUGU